AUGACGACCCUUGAGCCUCGCAAACCCUACACUGAUGCCGAGCUGCGCCAGCUGUACCCUCCGCAGCUCAAGCUCCAGCUCGUGCAGAUCCUCCUGCGCCACGGUGAGCGCACGCCUGUCACCCCACGCUUCCAGGAAACCGGCCUGCCUCCGUACUGGCCCUACUGCCGUGUCGUCCGCCACCUCCGCUCCGCCGUCCUGGAUCCUGACACGGGAGAGUAUUCUUAUCUUGACUGGAAGCGCCGCCUCGAGACCUUCAACCCUGCAGAUGACAGCCCCAUCAUCGCCGCCGGCCCCAACGCCGAGCUCGACGAUAUAUGUGACCAUGGCAUGCUUACCGACCGCGGUCGGGAGACCACUCGCAACUUAGGCCGUCGUUUCCGCAACCUCUACAUCGAUCGCCUUGGCUUCCUUCCCGCGGACCUCACCAACGCAGACUCCCUCUACCUGCGCUCGACUCCUGUCCCCAGAGCUCUGGAAUCGCUGCAACAGGCUCUUACCGGCCUCUACCCAACUCAGAACCGAGCCCCCGACCUGCCGACCCUCGCCAUCAUCACCCGAUUACAGCCAGACGAAACUCUCUUCCCCAACGAUGGCAUGUGCCGUCGUUUUGCCGUCCUUUCCCGCGCGUUUGCCCAGCGUACUGCCGAGCGGUGGAACGACACGCCAGAGAUGGAAUACCUGAACAAGAAACUCGGCAAGUGGAUGCCCCCAGGCUCGCGAGUUGCCGUCGACUCCCGUCCUCGAUUGAGUGGUGUCAUGGACAGUAUCAAUGCCACGCGUGCCCAUGGCCCACAGACGAAGCUUCCCUCCGAGUUCUACGAUGCCAGAGCCAUUUCAAUCAUAGAGAAGAUUGGUGUCGAGGAGUGGUAUAGCGGAUAUAAGGAGAGUCAGGAGUACCGUACCCUGGGCAUCGGUGGUUUGAUGGGCGAUGUUGUGGCUCGCAUGGUCGGCAGCGUGGAGCACACUCCGGCCGACGGUGACUACGAAAUCAAGAAUCCCGGCGCCGCUCCCCAUCCCGUAAGAUUUGGCAUGAGUGGUUGCCAUGAUACCACCUUGGCAGGUGUGUUGUCCAGUCUGGGUGCUUUCGGCAAUGACAAGUGGCCCCCCUUCACCAGCCACAUCGCCAUUGAACUGUUCCGUGACUCAAAGGUCCCGGCCGUAGAGACUUCCACCACUGUGCCAGCUGCUGCCACCCCUCAGACAGCCAGCUGGUUCAACUCAUGGUUCUCGUUUGGCCGCUCCAGCACUCCGUCUCCCGGCACCGCGCCGUCGGGGAUCGGUCGUAAGCCCACCUCCGACCUCAUUGAAGCUGAGAAGAACCAGCUGGACGGAUACUACGUGAGACUGAGAUACAACGAUGAGCCCGUCACCAUCCCCGGCUGCAAGCCUGCUGGAAGCCAUCUUGAAGGCGACGAGUCGUUUUGCACCUUGGCCGCCUUCAAGUCGAUCGUCGACAAGUACACCCCCAAGAACUGGAAGCAACAGUGCCGCACGAACCUCGACGCCUCGGCUAUCCCGGCCAGCCCAGAGCCGGCUGGAUACUAA